AUGGGGAAUUAUAUGGAAACAUGCAUACAGAAGCAGCAAACAGAUGAAGAAAAGCCACAGAAACUUCAAGAAUCUUGGAGGAAACCAGAGGGUAGUUAUGGAACUGAAAGUGGUAGAAUGAGGGUAAAAUUGGUAUUAACAAAAGAUGAGCUAGAGUGGCUGUUAUUGCAGUUGAAGAACAAAGAAGGGCAAAGACUGGAAGAUGUUUUGGGGGAGAUAGAAAAGGGUAGAAUGGCUGGGAAAAAUGUUGUUGCAGGAUGGAAACCUUCUUUAGAAAGUAUCAUGGAGAACCCUGAGGUUCAUCAUGAGAUGGAUAGAUCAUCAUGA